CAAACAUGAUGUGAGGGACAUUGGGGGUGGAGCCGAGGGCGUGGGGCCGAGCCUGGAUUAUCGCCAAAUUCACUCCAGCGAGUCACGGGCAACGUCUGAAGCAGUAUUAGGAGGAGACCGUGUGAGGAUGUGACCGCUACCGCGAACUUGAACUUCUGGGGUUUAUUUACGGCUUGCACUUUCAUUUGGAUUGCACAAAGAGUGCUGUGCUAAUUUAAAUCAUCCAAAAUGGGGUCCAUGCAGGAUAGCCUGCCAAUUACAUGGCGGCCUGAGACGGGUGAGCAUGAUACUGAGUAUGAACGCGCGAGGGUCGGAAGAGUCUUCAACCACAGACGACCGAAGCGCUACCCCCGGGCCAUUGUCGAAGCUACCCAGGAAUCGCACAUUGUUGAUGCUGUUCAGCUUGCUAAUCGCCUGGGAUGUCGGGUGUCCGUCCGAUCAGGUGGCCACAGCUGGGCAGCCUGGAGUGUUCGAGAGGAUGCAGUCUUGAUUGAUCUUGGUGCCUACCAUCACCUGGAAUUGAACGCAGCGGAAACCGAGGCCAUUGUCUCUCCAAGUACAACUGGUAGAGUGCUCAACACUUACCUUGGCGAAAAAGGCCUUCUGUUUGCUGGGGGCCACUGUCCGGACGUUGGUGUAGGAGGUUUUCUCCUGCAGGGUGGCAUGGGCUGGAACUGCAAGAAUUGGGGUUGGGCCUGUGAGCAAGUCACCGCUAUCGACAUUGUAAAUGCUCAAGGAGAGCAAUUACACUGCAACAGCACGGAAAACUCGGAUUAUUACUGGGCCGCUCGCGGAGCUGGACCUGGAUUCCCUGGAGUCGUUACCAAAUUCUAUCUUCGGCUGAGACGAUCGUACAGCAACAUGCUCUCAUCUGCCUUCAUCUAUCCCAUUUCCUGCUACAAGGAAGUCAUGGACUGGGUGGUUGCCCUCGCGCCUACAUGUGACGACGACACCGAAAUCGUGGCCGUGGCAGCUUAUCCUCCUCCUGAAUCCGGCAUUCAGCAUCAACCUUGCAUAAUGCCAUUGCUCCUGACCUUCAAAAACGAUGAAGACGAGGCACGAACAGCGUUGAAGCCAGCCAACUCGACGCGGCCUCCUGGCGCACUUGUCGAACUCGUCAACCAGCCAACCAGCCUCUUGAACGAGUAUCGCAAUCAAGCAGCCGCGAAUCCACUGGGGCACCGUUACUGUGCCGAAAAUGCAUACAUCAAGAACGAGGAAGACGUGGCGGCAGUCCUGGAGGAAGCCUUCUGUACGCUACCUCAUCCCAAAGCAUUCUCGCUCUGGUACUCAAUGAACCCCUGCAGCAGGCGGCCUCUGCCCGAUAUGGCCCUGAGCAUGCAGAGUGAUCACUAUUUUGCAUUGUACACGAUCUGGGAGCACGAGUCAGACGAUCGUCGAUGUCAAAAUUGGGUCCAGAAUGUCAUGAAAGGCGUCGAAAGGCACAGCGAAGGUGCUUACCUGGGAGAUGCGGACUUUCAAGUGCGACGGACAAAGUUCUGGGCAGACGAGAACGCGUCUCGCCUCAUGGCCAUACGCCAAAAGCUGGAUCCAGAUGGCAGAAUCUGCGGUUACCUCGAUAUCGACGACGGAUCCGGGGUCAAUGGUCUCGCGAAUCAGCACGAGUGGACUUCGGCUUGAAUCUCCUUGGAUUUGGCUGACCACGAAGGAGUGGUGGGGCCGAGAUGUAGAGAAAAACCGUUCGGUGCAGUAGCUAGCGAUGUUACCACGAGCCAACAACAUGCAGAAGUGCCGUAAGCAUGAGCCGACGCAG